UUUUUAAAUUCCCGUAUGGGCGUAGAUUUUAGUAGUCAUUAUAAAGGAUAUUUAAAAAACGAACAGGGUGCUUUAUAUAUGGAAAGCCCACAAAAAUUUAAAAAAGUCUUUUGUAAUGUGCAUGCUUUCAACCCAUGUUUGAAGUAUAAAAACCUCAUAGGAGAAUAGUAAUAUUGCUUAUUGUUUAAUUUUUUCAGGAAAAAUAUGACGUCUUUGCAAGACUUGCUUCCUCACCCUGGUUCAAGAAAUUGGAGAAAAAGUCGUUCCUUAACUACAGAUAGUGAAGAAGAGCUAACAGUUGUUCGUCAUAUUGUCAUCAGAGAGGUUUGGCUUGAAAAACGGCCUUGGCCUCAUGCAGUUUAUAAGAUUGAUGUCAUGAGUCAAACAUCACAUUGGUUUGUAUUUAAAAGAUACAAAGAGUUUUAUCAACUGCAUCAAAAGUUGGUUAAACUGUAUUCUGUACCACGGGACCUUCUUCCUCCACGAAAAAUAGCAAAUAAUAUGGCAAGAGAAAAUUUGGAAAGCAGAAGGGAGUCGUUAGAGCACUAUCUCCAAAAACUUCUAAACAGUUGUAAUGGUGCUGUCAGACGGUCGGAGGAACUUUCUGAAUUUCUUGAUGUAAAAUCUCAUGAUGUUCAGCACGUGACUUAUGAUCUAGCCAAGUAUGUCCAAAAAAAUGGCCAAAGUAUUUUGAUGUCAAAGGAGAUGUUUAAUUUGUCUCCAAGUCAAUUAUAUUGCAUUUCAAAACAGUUACAACUUCCCCAUCCAUCUGGAAGAAAAAAUAUUGAUCUUGGUAAUUUGUAUGAAUUUGUUGCAGAUUUGAAAAAACUAAGCAUCACUGAUUUCAUCUCACAAAUGAGCAAUGGAGAACAGCAUGAAAUCUCUUUCACUUUCGAUUUAAGCAUUUUCUCCUCUCUGAGAGUCUUACAGAUGGAUGCAAUUGAUAUUGAAUCAUUACGAGGGUUUGAGACACUAUGUUCAAAGUUGAACAAACUGACUGCUAGAUAUUGUUUAUCAUCAAUGAAGUCCCUGCUAAUCGAUGCAGCAUUGGAGAAGAGAAGCGCACCACAAGUGAGUUUGUCUGCUGAAAGUUGGAGAGUUCACGCUGCUUAUCGGUUGGCUGAAAAUAGGGUAAAGUUUCAACCAUGGCAUGCGUUGACGAAUAUUAACUUCAGCCACAACAAUAUAACAACAUUCGAUAGUUCAAUGACUCUAUUGCCAGCACUUAAAUAUCUUGACUUGAGCAACAACAAGAUAAGCCAUUUUGAUUUGGAGCAACUAACAUGUUCUUGUUUGCAUACACUUUCACUUGCAAGUAAUUCAAUAUACUUGAUAUCAGGAACGACGAAGCCUAUCGAUAACUUGAAAAACUUAAAUUUGACGCACAACAAGAUUCAUAGUAUGGAAGGUCUUUUGUGCUGUCAAGGACUUGAAGAACUAAAUUUAACUUUUAAUAAAAUUGCAUUGAUCGGCGAAGUUAAAAAAUUAGCAUCUCUGACAAAACUCACAAGCCUGUCUGUUGAUGGCAACUACUUCGCAAUGAAAAAACGUCAUCGAAUCAUAAUAUUUGCUUACUUCAGGGAGAGACAAUUACAUCUUGACAAGAGACCAAUCACACAAAAAGAACAGGCAAAACUUGACGCAAAGUUUGCUGCAUUGGAACGCUUUGAAGACAUGGAUGACAGUUUGAGCAGUAUCAGUACAGUAUCAGAUGACAGCGAUGUAGAUUCUGGCAUCGACCAUUCCAAUUGGGUCAGUAAACUAGCCAGUCUUUCUGAAAUCGAAGAAGACGAUCACGAAGUAAUUCCAAGAAUUAAUUGGGAGGAAGUUUAUGUAGGAGGUAGUAAGAUUGAAAACGAAAGUGAAACUAGUUCUCAGGAUGAUGCUGCCGAUGCUGCGCCCAGGUCCAAUGAUGGUGAGGUUUUAUCAAGAGAUGAUUGGGACAGAAUCCUUAAGACAAGUCCACAAGUAUUAGGGGCAAGGCCACGAGAGGACUCUAACGGAAGUGGAAACACAUUAAAAGAAAACAGUCUACACAGCACGGUUUGUGCAGAAAAUGUUGAUGACUUAUCAACAUGGGUAAACACUGGAGCUGUACCUAAACGUUUUCAACAUGGUGGACGUAGCCGCGAAAGAGAGCAUAUCAAAGUAUCCACACAAAGAUCUAAAUCCGCUGUGGAGGUGCGCAGUAAAGAACGAACAAGUAGCUGGAUGUCUAAUCUGUUUCGAAGGAGUAAAACUCCUACGCAGAGUGGUCAACAAAGUAAUUCACUGGAUGGAGAAAAACUAGUUCGCAGACCAGUAGAUGAACAGGUUACUAAUGAAAACAACGAAAUGAACGAAGGAGAUUUGAUUGUUAUCCCCGAAAUUGACGAAGUAAAAGUUGAAGAGAAGGACGUUUCGAGAAGUUUUGAUGACAAUUGUGAGUUUGAAAAAGCGGAGGAAUGUGAUGAAAUAGAAGAGACUGGGCACGAAAUUGAAAAUAUUGAUUAAUAAUAAUUUUUUUUUUUUUUUACAGAUUUGUGUUUAUGACAUUCAAAAAAUAUUUUUUUAAUGCAUUUAAUAAAAUUGUAACAUAUAUAUUUAUUUGUAUAGAUUUUUAUCAGCUUUCUGCUUCUGAAGAAGAUAAGAGCUAAAUUUAAAACAGAAAUUUGCAGAAGUAAAACUUCUGUUUAUUCAUUUUUUCUUUUAUUUUGAGUUAUGGCACUUGUAUAGAUUCAGUUCAUUUUGAUUCAAACUGCGUUUCCAGUUUAGUUAAACUAGAUACUGUUCUAAUUCAACCUUGUUACCAGUCUAUUCAAGCUGAAAUUUGUUCUAAUUUUUGUAAAAAUGUAUUUCAAAAGUGGAUUUGGAUCUCUGACGGAUUUGGUUUAAAGUUAAAUUCCUACAGUGUGAAAGAAUCGAAGUCCUGUCCCAAAACUGACAACUGGUUUUAGAAACCUCAUUAUUUGUGUUAGUAAAAUUGUCUUUAAUUAAUGAAACAAAGCCCUAAUACAAAUUAAACCGGAUCUACGCUUUAAAAGGGGUAAGUAGAGGACGGACAAAUUUAUUCAGACUACUAUACCAAGAUUUUCGCGUUUUAAAGUAUUCGAGAUGCUGAGAGUCAACUGUCGUUCAAAGCCUUCUCUUUAUGCGCUGUUCUAAUUCAUCUUCAUGCCAGCCUUUUUCGUGUUAUUUUAUUAGUUGUUGUUGUGUUUUUAUUUCGUUGCAACAACAAUUUCACAUCACGCAAUAUUUCGUGCUAGUUCCUUUUGUUUUUUUAUCCCUUAUAUUUCUUUUUUUCCGCUAUUUUAAAAGAUUCAUCACGAUUUUAUCGGCUCUUAUUCUGAGUGGCUUAAUAUUGUGCUUGAAGAAUUCUACCACUCACACUUAACAUAUACAAUGGAGAGCACGCUCUAUCAAAGUGAUUCACCGCGAUAGCUUUCACACUCCAAUUCGAUUUGUGAAUUUGUUUUUCCAGAAAAGCCAAUUCACCGGUGCCAAGGUGGUCCAGUCUAGUCCCCAGAGCUCUUUGGGAUUUAGAGGUCUGGAUACGAGAAGAAAGGUGGUCUGGUUGGCUUGGUUUUCAUCUAAUCGCAUUAAGGAUUUAUCUGCUUAUGUGUGUAAGUAGCGAGUCGAUCUGAACGUAGCACUUGACAGUCUCAAAUUUUAUUGAGUGUGGAAAGUUUGAGAGAAUACAAGGUAUUAGUAGGCUAUUAUUUUGACUCUAAUAUUUUGAAAGGUAUAUUUUUGUAUGGAUUGGAAUAUUUUAUUAGAAAUGUAUACUAAAUAUAUAAUAAACUAACUUAGAAA